AACUGUGAGUAUUAUUACUGUAUCAGCAAAUACAGACAGACUUGAGUAUCAUUUGGAUUCGACGAUAUAAUUUGACCAAUUAUAUUUGCGUGACCGUAAAACUGAGCUAAACCAAAUCCGGUAUAGCUUUGUCUGUUUUGUAGGGUUAGCAAAUUACACACACAGUGACUCAGUGAAAGGGAACGAAUCAGCUUGAGAAUUGAGAUGACGUUGAUGAUACGGAGAUGGAGUUCUAAAAAAGCUUUGAAAUUUGUUGAGCCUCGCCUCCCGGAGACAGGUACUCUGAGAAAUGCUUUACUCCUCCAUUGCCCGAAUGAGCUGUUUUCUUGCUGCGAACGAGACUUUUCUAGUUUCAGCGAUAGAAAUCUCUCUUACAGAGAGAAAUUGGGAAGUGGGCUUGUAGAUAUUAAGGCAGAUGAUGCUGUCAAUCUCUUCCAAGACAUGAUUCACUCUCGUCCUCUUCCCACUGUCAUUGAUUUCAGUAGAUUGUUUGGUGCUGUUGCCAGGACAAAACAGUACGAUCUUGUUUUGGAUCUCUGCAAGCAAAUGGAAUUGAAUGGGAUUGCACAUAGCAUCUACACUCUGAGUAGUAUGAUCAAUUGCUUCUGCCGACGCCGAAAACUAGGUUUUGCUUUUUCUGUUUUGGGGAAGAUCCUAAAACUUGGGUAUGAGCCUAACACCAUCACUUUUACAACUUUGAUAAACGAAUUAUGUCUCGAGGGCCGAGUUUCCGAAGCCGUGGGAUUAGUUGAUCGAAUGGUAGAAAUGGGACAUACACCCAAUCUCAUUACGAUUAACACUUUGGUUAAUGGACUUUGUCUCAAUGGUAAAGUCUCUGAAGCUGUGGUUUUGAUAGAUCGAAUGGUUGCAAAUGGUUGUCAACCCAGUGAAGUUACAUAUGGACCGGUUCUAAAAGUGAUGUGCAAGUCCGGCAAAACUGCCUUGGCCAUGGAGUUGCUCAGAAAUAUGGAAGAAAGAAAGAUGAAGCUCGAUGCAGCCAAAUACAAUAUCCUCAUUGAUGGCCUUUGCAAAGACAAAAACCUCGACGAUGCACUCAACCUUUUCAACGAAAUGGAAGUGAAAGGUUUUAAAGCAGAUGUUAUUACCUACACCACUCUCAUUAAAGGCUUUUGUAAUGAUGGUAGAUGGGAUGAUGGUGCGCAGUUGCUCAGGGAUAUGAUCACAAGGAGAAUCACCCCCAACGUUGUCACAUUCAACGUAUUGAUUGAUAGUUUUGUGAAAGAGGGAAAACUUCUAGAGGCCGAAGCACUGCACAAUGAGAUGAUUCGACGAGGUAUAGCUCCUAAUACUAUUACAUACAAUUCUUUGAUAGAUGGGUUUUGCAAGGAGAACCGCCUUGACAAGGCAAACCAGAUGCUGGACCUGAUGGUUAGCAAAGAGUGUAAUCCUGAUAUCGUGACGUUUAAUAUCCUCAUAUAUGGAUAUUGUAAGGCUGAGAGGGUUGAUGAUGGUUUUGAACUGUUCCGCAAAAUGUCCCUGAGAGGAGUGGUUGCUAAUACAGUUACUUAUAACACCCUUGUCCAAGGGUUUCGCCAAUCGGGAAAACUUGAGGUUGCCAAAGAACUCUUCCAAGAGAUGGUUUUUCGUGGUGUUCAUCCUGAUAUCGUGACUUAUUCUAUUUUGCUGGAUGGGUUGUGUGACAAUGGGGAAAUAGAAAAAGCAUUGGAAAUUUUUGAAAAAAUACAGAAGAGUAAGAUGGAACUUGAUAUUGGUAUCUAUAACAUCAUCAUUCACGGAAUGUGCAAUGAUGGUAAGGUCGAUGAUGCUUGGGAUUUAUUCAGUAGUCUACCUCUUAGAGGAGUGAUGCCCAACGUUAAGACAUACACCACAAUGAUUUCAGGAUUAUGUAAGAAAGGGUCACUCUCGGAAGCAAAUAUGUUGCUUAGAAAAAUGAAGGAGGAAGGGUGUGAGCCAGAUAAUUGGACAUACAACACUCUAAUCCGAGCACAUCUCCUAGUUAGUGAUGUAACGACAUCAGCUGAACUCAUCGAAGAAAUGAAGAGGUGCAGGCUCGCUGCGGAUGCGUCCACUAUAAAGAUGGUUGAUUGAACAAAAGGUUUUUGGAUAUGCUUUCUUAGAAUUUUGGUGUUUACAUCAUAUAACUGUCUCGGAGCAUUGAAAGAUUAAGUUAAUAUUUGAUCAGGUCUGUUUGUUUAGGUUUGUUUGUUUAGGUUAAUCACAUGAUACUUUUGUUUGUUUUGGAAAUUGACAAAGUGCAUUCAGGUAUUGUGUUUAUGAGAAUAUUUAGUAUUUACA